UUCUUUUCAUUUCCUCUUUUGGACUCCAGAAUUUGGCUGUAUUUUUGGUAGGAGAGAAGCUGUGUGCUGUUGGAGCCCGCUUGCUCCAGAGGUGAUGGGAAUCCCUUUGCUCUUACCUGUCCUUGCCACUGAGAGUCACGGAGCUGACCGCAAGCCCUCACAGACUUUGGGCCAUAUGCUGCUGUGGAUCACUGUGCUCUUCCUGGCUCCUGUUGCCGGGACAUCUGAUCUCCCAAAGGCUGUGGUGAGACUCGAGCCGCCAUGGAUCCAGGUGCUCCGGGGAGACAACGUGACACUGACCUGUGAGGGGGCCCGCGGGCCUGGGAACCACUCCACCCAGUGGGUCCACAGCGGGAGCCCCAUCCCCGCCCAGGUCCAGCCCAGCUACAGGUUCACCGCGGAAACGAAUAACAGUGGAGAGUACCGGUGCCAGAAGGGCGGGACCAGCCUUAGCGACCCUGUGCUUCUGAACGUGAUUUCGGACUGGCUGCUGCUCCAGACCCCACAACUGGUGUUCCAGGAGGGAGAAGUCAUCACGCUGCGGUGCCACAGCUGGCGCGACAGGCCUUUGGCAAAGGUCACAUUCUACCACAACGGAGUAGCCAAGAAAUUUUCCAAUUUCAAUAGUAGUUUCUUUAUCCCACAAGCAAACCACAAUCACAAUGGUGAUUACCACUGCACAGGACAUAUAGGAAAGACACCCCACAAAUCACAGCCUGUGACCAUCAAUGUCCAAGAGUCCAAGUCAAGUGACUCUUCAUCCGUGGUGAUAAUUGUGGCUGUAGUCAUUGGGAUUUUUACAGUGGCUGUUAUUGCAGCUGUAGCAGCCAUGAUCUACCUCAGGAGAAAGCAGACCUCAGCUGCAGCAGUAGCACAGUGCGCCCUCUGUUCCAGCAGUGCCAGGGCUGAUCUCUUCUUUUUGCCUACAGCCAAUCUCUCUGAUCCUGAGGAAGCUGCUAAAGCUGAGGCUGAGAAUACAAUCACCUAUUCACUUCUCAAGCACCCAGAAGCUCAGGAGGAUGGAACAGAGCCUGAUUAUCAGAACCACAUUUAACCUCCAUUAUCUGGCCUUAGAAUUUAGGGAAGAAAAUCAGAGAAUCUAGGAUCUGCUAUCUCCUGGUCUGAAUUUCCCUCAGAGAUGUAGAGAGGAUGCUGCAGUUCCUAAGAGGGAGCAGCAUUCUUCCAGAGUUCUGUUUGUGA